GUGGACAAGCAGGCGAACUUGGAGAAGGCUGUGAAGGUCGUGGUGGAUUCCAAAACGCAAUAUUGUGCGGCCUGCAAUUCCAUGGAGACCUUGCUGGUCCAUGAGGAGGUAUGCAAGGAAUUCUUGCCCAAGUUGGCCGACGCGCUGGCCAGCAAGGAGGAUGUGAGGUACAAG